AUGGCUCCACCACAGCCCAAGGCGGUGGCCAAGGCCCCUGCAGCCCCAGCGGGCGGUGUUCAGAAGCCAGCUAAGGUUGGCAAACCGAGGAAUUAUGAUUUGGGAAAUGGAAUCGUCAGAUUCUCCAAGACUAAAAUGUUCCACAAGAAGGCUAAGUACAAGUUCGUUGGUAAGAAACACCCUAAAACGGUUAAACCCAAGAGGCCUUCAACUGUUGUGAAGCCUAUUGGAGGAGAGAAGAAUGGAGGCACCCGUAAAGUGCUUCUGCGGCGCAGAAGAUCGUUCUACCCUACUCAGGACAAGAUCCGCAAAAUUGCCCACCACAAAACAUUCAGCAAGCAUGUAAGGAGGACACGUCCUAACCUCACAGUGGGUACUGUGUGUAUCCUCCUAGCUGGCAGACACGCUGGCAAGCGAGUUGUGUUAGUUGGAGUACUCCCUAGUGGAUUGUUGCUAGUGACUGGACCUUUCGCUUUCAACUCAUGCCCCCUCCGCCGUAUUCCUCAAAGCUAUGUGAUUGGCACCAGCACCAAGGUAGAUCUCGGUGACUUCAAGCUGCCCGCUCACUUGGAUGAUGCUUACUUCAAGAAGAACAAGAAGAGCACCAAGCGCAGUGUCAAGCGCAAGCAGGGUGAUGAUAUUUUUGCCUCCAAAAAAGAGAAAUACGUUCCAUCAGAGCAACGCAAGGCUGACCAGAAGGCGGUAGACGAGAUCGUAAUCAAGGCGAUUGGCAAGCGCGGCGACAAAAAGGUGCUCCGCGGCUACCUGAAGGCUGCCUUCGGGCUCCGCUCCAGCCAGUUCGCACACCGACUGGUCUUC